AUGAGAUUGCUUACUUUACCGACCAAGCGUCAACUUCAUUCCUUUGGAGUUGGUACUCGUGUUGACAAUAUGCUACGGACUUCAAGUGCCGCAUUUUCUUCAAACUCCAAUUCCUCCACCUCCAAUUCCUCCACCUCCAAUUCCUCCACCUCCCACGACUACAACAACAAGCACAUUGGCCGCCGCUUUAAAUCGACUUUUGUCCCUGCUGAGCCAUUGGGUAUUGAUGAUUUGAAUGAACAAACGGUCAAGGCCCAAUACGCAGUAAGAGGCAAAAUCCCCAUCAUUGCUGAUGGAUUGAGCGAUUUGAUCAAAAUGUCUCCCACUAGUCAUGGUUUACCAUUCAAUAAAAUUGUACACGCAAACAUUGGAAAUCCUCAGCAGUUAGAUCAAAAGCCUUUGACAUGGUAUAGACAAGUCUUAUCAAUCUUGCAGUAUCCUCAGUUGUUGAACGAGGACCUGGGGGCAAAAUUUCCUUCCGACGUUAAAAAGAGGGCUCAAGAGAUUUUGCACAAUGUUGGGUCUGUUGGAGCUUACUCCCUGUCUCAGGGUGCUGCUUAUUUUAGACAAUCAGUGGCUGAGUUUAUCACCAACAGAGAUGGCGGAAAAUUCCCUGCCAAUGCCAAUGAUAUCUUUUUAACUUCAGGAGCCUCGGCUGCUGUAUCUUAUUUGUUACAAUUACUAUCUCAAGAUGCAAAUUCGGGAUUUUUAAUUCCUAUUCCACAAUAUCCGUUGUACACAGCCACCAUUGCUUUGAAUGACGCCAAGCCCAUUGGCUAUUAUUUGGAUGAAUCAAAGGGAUGGGCCACUAAUCCCAAGGAAAUUCGUCAAUUGAUCAAAGAAAGCUCCGACAAGGACAUCAAGAUUAAAGCGUUAGUUGUGAUAAACCCGGGCAAUCCCACAGGGGCAAUUUUGUCAAGGGACGAUAUUGCUGAACUCAUUUCGAUUGCUGCUGAACAUGGAAUUGUCUUGAUUGCAGAUGAGGUUUAUCAAGAAAACGUCUUUAGUGGAAAAUUUUACUCCUUUAAACGUAUCUUGUCAGAAUUGAAGGAAAAGGACCAUGAUCAGUACAAGAAUGUGCAAUUGGCAUCGUUGCACUCAACAUCAAAGGGUGUCAGUGGAGAGUGUGGGCAACGUGGGGGGGUACAUGGAGCUUGUCAAGCUGUUGUUGAGUUGAUGGUAAACCCGCCCAAGAAGGGAGAUGAAUCAUACGAUCUCUACGUUAAAGAAACUUCUACUAUUUUCGAAAAUUUGAAAAAGAGAGCAGAAGCUCUUUAUGAUGCUUUCUGCGAUAUGGAAGAUGUAUCGGUUGAUAAACCUCAAGGAGCAAUGUAUAUAUUCCCAAGCCUCAGUUUUGAUCCCCAAGCUUAUCACAAGUUAUUUUCAAGAGCCAAGAAUUCAAAUCUUCAAGUUGAUGAUUUGUAUUGCAUUGAACUUUUGGAGCAUACUGGUAUCUGUUGUGUGCCUGGAAAUGGAUUUGGACAAAAACCAGGUUCCUAUCAUUUGAGAACCACUUUUUUGCCUCCAGGCGAGGAAUGGAUCCAAAGAUGGGCCAAUUUCCAUAAAGAUUUUGUUAAAAAGUACAAGGAUUCGGCUUGA